UAGUGUUUCGUGUCUAUUUUGCAAUAGCAAAAAAUUAAAUGUUUUGAGUGGAACACCAUCGAAGGCUUCACAUUUGCACAUAGGAUGCUAUCCGCUCCGUACGACAGAAGAACAGAAUGAACUGUUGGCCAAAGCCUACAAUUGGGAACGCGGAUUUGCAACUACAGACUCGGGUGGUAUUUUAUGUGAAUUCAUUUCCAAAGUAAAUGACGAUUUCCAAGAAGCCAUAGAAAAGCUAGCAGUUCAAGCAAAAAUAAAAAUUUUGGCGGCUACGUCCCUAUUAGAAACGAGUGUUCUUGACUCCUCAGCACUUAAACGGACACAAUGUGAGAACCCGAUGACUACGGUUCUUACCAUCUUCCGCGACGCACAGGAUAGGAAAGAGAGGAACAACAGCGUUACAGUGUUCGGCAUACCAGGCGAUCUACCGAAACGUGAAAUCGAUCAAAUGUUCGAUCGCAUCUGUUCCGCUCUCCACAUCAACUACAAGAUCAGAGUAACGGCCGAAAAGAUCAAGAACAUGCUGAUUUACAAGUUCUGCUGUCGUCGUCAUCGCGAUCAUUUCUUUUACAAUUUUCAAGAAUUCAAAUUGACUGGAAACUCCAUUGGAUUGCCUAGUAAUGCAAAUUUGUAUUGUUUCGAGAAUAUGGCCAGUAAAAUGUACAAUCUGUCGCGGGAAAUACACGACAAACAUCAGCGGAAGGAAAUUAAAAAGUAUUUGAGGCAUCAGGGUCUCAUCUAUGUGUGGUCGAACAAUAGCAAUGCUAGGCAUCCGAAAUUGUUUUAUUUUAUGGAGGAAUUGCAUGUGAGACGAGGCAAUGUGAUUCGAUUGUUGAACAGCAAAAUUUUGUUCAGCAAAAUUGUUGACAAUUUUUUCCCGGAAGCUGUCGAAUCUGUGGUUAAUAUGAGGCAUUCCAAGUACAUACAGAAUUAUUUGCGGCCAGAAAUCUGUGUUAAGUACUAUCCAAUCUCGUCUAUUGUCGACUAUCUGGAUCAAGAGGACAGUCACAAAAGUGCAUUGUAUUCGAAUAUGUUUUCAUUGUAUUACAAAUUUUUUGUGCCAGAAAGUUACAUGACAUAAAUCGGAAUAAUUUCCCCAUCCUUUGUUGAAAAGCACGUAUUAGGUCGU